CUUUACGUUGUAGUAUCUGUUCUGUUUUUACCUAUUUCUUUAAUUAUUUCUAUAGCCUGGUUGCUUUUGAAAUGAUCUGAAAGUUGGUUUGAGAGUGAAAAAGGCACUUGGUUUAUUUACAAGGUAAUUGUUAACAAACGUUGUAAACCAGGGCUUUACAUUAAUGUAUUUUGUUUGCCCAGAUUGCUUAACUUCCAGUCAAACAGCUAUCAUCUACUGGGUAUCUUAUUUGUAUUUUACAUCUACAUGUUCUCUUAACCACAAACAUCUGGCAUUUAAGCAGUUUUUUGGUGGGUUUUUUAUUUUUUGUUGGUUUGGGGUUUUUUGCAGUGUAUCUACUGUGCCAUUCGGGAAGCUAGUUUCAGCUCUCCUCCACAUCUGUCUUGAUUGCUGGUUUAUACGUAGUUAAGAUGCAUUCUUGCACAGUUCUGCUUUUUCCCUGUCCAAAGGGAAAGAGUUAAUGUAGAGCCCUGGAACUUAUUUGCAAAAGUAAAAAUCACGUUUUAGAUUAGCUCAUUCUUGCCUUUUUAAUUUCACUUUAACACUCUAUCUCAUACUAUGGCUGAAAUUUGUCGUCAUUUUUCUCCUUUUUCACAACUCUCUUAGACACUUCAAACUCACUUUUUAUUGUCACAUGUUGCAUCUAUCCCUGUAGACUCUCCGAGCAAUCAGUCUGCCGCUGCAGUAUCCUGCUCUGUGUUCCUAGUAGUGUUCUUUACUUGGCUCGCAAGUAGAGUGGAUCUUCGAGUGUGUUCAGUUAUGCUGAGACCUCCCUCUUAGUUUAUUCAUGAAAUAGUUCAGCUCUCUGCAAAGGUGGCAGCGUACUCAAAAUGGCCUGUUUAUUCAGACGGUAUUUUCAGAGCCUUCUCCCUUUCAGCUUUUCCAAUUUUACUCAUCUUGCUGAUUUUCAGUGUACUUGGCAAUUUAAUUGGCUAAUUGGCUAAUACAGUGCCCCUCUUGUCACAAUUGGUGACUAAUUAGCUUGAAGGCCUUCAAUUGAAAAUGUAAUACAUGCGAUUACUGUAAAAUUGGUACAAUGUGGAAUUGCUGUUACUAACCAUUUCUUUACAGUUACCUUUCAAAAAGUGCUGCUUCUAUACAUCUAAUCUUUUGAAACAUGAGAAUUGUUCUGUCCCUCCAAAGAGACGAUCAAGACAUUUUAGAGCACAUGCUGUACUAGUCCAACUGAUCUGACGCUUUAUUGUAAACUCGUGUUGUUUUAAUUAUUUUAUGAAAAACAGUCACAGUAAUCCAGGUUUCUUGCCCUGUAUUUGAAAUUCAUUUUUGAAAAAGGUUUAAGUAUUAACAAUUGAGAUGCCAUGCACAGUUUUGUAAAAAAAAGAAGUUCACUUGGUUAGAUUGAAAACAAACUUCUGAGGCCCUUGAAGAUGGCAACCAGUACUCCUGUAAGUAGGGUUCUUUUUAGCACUUUGUUUUAAAGCCUCACUGUUCUUCGUGUGCUUUGGUAUAAAGAUCUGUUUAAAGAAUAUCCAACCUGAAAUAUCUUUCCAAGUACGAGAAAUACCAAAUUCUUUCCACAGUGUACCUUAAGUGACUGACUCCUUCUGUAACACACGAACCCAUCUUUUUUAGCGACAUGCUUUGACUUAAACUGCUGAGAACACCAUAAAAUAUUUGAGAUUGGAUCUUCUGUGUCUUAUGACCCAAGUUUGGGUUUUGUUUCUAUUUCAGAAAUCAUGUCACGGCAAGCGUUGUUCUUUCUCUCCUUUUUUCCUCCGCUUUGCAUACCGAACAGUUACAGAAUUUGCUGUUCUGUAUCUCUCACAAAAUUCAAUUAAGUAGAACUGAACUUGUGAAGUAAUCGGAUUUGAACCAAAAUGUAUGGAAAGCAGAAAGGGAAUGCUAUUCUUAGCUGGGACAAUGUAAACUUAUUUCUACGGUAUCAAAAUCUCAUUUUCCCCAUCCCCUAAUAAAUACUAUAUAACAUUUAAAAAAAAAAAAAAAAAGCAUGCUAAAGCAGUAUAUCUUUUAAGCCCAAGGAGGGAGGUAAACACCCUAAAUGUAGCUUAGCCUGGCAGGCUAGUCCUGUUUUUUCUUUUUUUUUUUUUGUGAUGUUCUUAAUUGCUUUGAUUUGAAGUGUAUGUAUUUGUGAUCCAGUUUGUUUUGUGUCUAAUUAUGAAGGAAAUUUUGCCCCAUUUUUUUCAGGCAUUUUGUCAAUCUUGACAGCUUGGUCAAGGAACGAGGUGUUAAAUGUGUAGGGAUUGUUUUCCCUGACAAAGACAAAGGCUGAUGCAACACGAGCAGAUGAAUUUAGAGGUUAAAUGCUUGAAACUGUGAUAUACUCAAAGGGAAAACAUGGCCGUGUCCCUAAUAAUGGAAUAUCUAAAAUUAGGUCCUUAAGUUUGGCCUAAUUUUCUAAAGAACACCAUGUCCUCAUGCUUGCAUCAGUUGAAGCAGAAGUAAUCUGUGUUUUAAUAAACUCGAUUCAGAAUUUCUUUAGUUUAACUUUGGGCAUUCAUGUUAAUUAGUGUCUAAAUAUGUGGGGCCCUGCAAUGAGUGGCACUUCAGACUGGGUGUAGGAAGGGAGUGGAGGGAUGUUGAGAUUAAGAACUGUAUUAAUAAAGGGGUAAUAAUGUAGAUGAGCUACUGUUGUUCUGAAAACUUUCCCUGGGGGAAAAAAAAAUCCUGUUUUAUACAUUAAAUCUCCCUUUUUUGCCAAUUUUUUUAAAAGCUUUUGAAGUAUAAGAAUUAGAUCCCCCAAACUUUGGCUCUAGCUUGCAGAUAAUUUCAGUUUAUAAUAAUUUGAAAGUACGUGUUAAAACAGCUUCAAAGGCACGGUAUGUCGAGCAGAAUCAGCUGCUGAGGCUUUACAGAUUGGGCAUCCGAAUUUAGAGGGUUUUUCAAUAUUUAAAUGUUUUGUGUUCCAUAGCACUAAAACUUGUUGCUGAGUUUUAAACUGAAGAACCUUUGGUUUUAGGUAUUGCAUGUUCCAGAGAUAGCGGGGCUUGCUUGUGGGUUUGGGGGGCCUUUUUUUUCUUUUUUUUGAAUUCUAAUGGCAAGUGUAUUUGUUAAUUUAUAGUUGCAGAGCCUACAUUUUACUGGCUUACAAGAAAAAGUAGUGCUCUCAUUUUACAUCUUGAUUUAAAAAAAGAAAGUUUCAUCCUGUUCCAUGUUAUAAUUUGUAGCAUGGAGUAAUAAUCCAGUGCAGUUUAAUGACAGUACUUCGUGGGAGACUUGAAAUCCCUUUUUUUUUUCUCCCUUGUGGAAAGUGCUAGAUAGGCUUUUAGCGUAUGGAAACAGUGCAGUGAGCGUCAGGGUGUCUCAUUGUAACCAGAGGGAUGGCUGCAGUGUGGUGGAAACUAAAAAAUCAGGAAAAAUCAUUUAGGAAAAAUAAUUUGCCAGUGCUGAGUAGAACAUGAAAAGACAAGACAUCUGAAACAGUUGGCCAACGCAGUGUGUGUGUUCACUUCUGAAAAUGCAGCUGACAAGAAGAAACCUCCAGUUGUUAAACUGCCCCCAGAAGAGCUGUAACUAGUCUCCCCCUCAUUGCUCUCCAUGGACCCAAAGCCAGCUUGCCCCAUACAUCUGCUGCUGAUCCCUUGCUUACAGACCAGCAGAGUGGAAAUAACACCAGGGGCUUACCCUUGGGUAGCCAUGGGACUGAGGAAGUCCUGUCACUUUGUAGGAAUAUCCCGAUGUGGUCAGGCACCCCGCACUUAAAUAAAGGAAGAGUCCCCAUGCCUUCUCUCAUCUUGAAAUAAACAGCUGGGAGGUGAGCUCCCUUUGUAAUAAAAAAAUAAAUAAAAUAGAAAGCCUCGUUCCUUACCUCGUGCUAAGGCCAGAACCAGAGGGAAUUGUACAUUUAGCAGACACUGGUAAGCCUCUAGCUAAUGUAAAAAAUAAGAAUAAAAAAAGAGCUCAGGUAGCUUGGAAGGUGCAGUUAACGUCCUUUCUCGUUACUCAAGAUGCUGGCUCUUAUGUAGUGGCUUCUGUAAUUGCACAAUGUGUUACCCUUUGUGCUGCUCACUGCCCCUGCUCCUCCUGUAGACAUGAGGGAUUAUGAACUUCACUCUCAUACUGAGGAGUGGAACCAUCAUAUCAAUGGAGCGACUCACAGCCGACGUUGUCAGCUGCUUCUCGAAAUAUACCCAGAAUGGAAUCCUGACAGUGAUUCAGGACAUGGAAUGGGUGAUCCCUUUAUGUUGCAGCAAUCCACAAACCCUGCACCAGGAAUUCUGGGACCCCCACCACCUCCGUUUCACCUGGGAGGACCUCCUGUUGGGCCAAGAGGAGCUGGAAAUGGAAAUAUGCAAGGACCGAGACACAUGCAAAAGGGCAGAGUGGAAACGAGCAGAGUUGUUCACAUCAUGGAUUUCCAGAGAGGGAAGAACUUGAGGUAUCAGCUGCUUCAGCUCGUUGAGCCAUUUGGAAUAAUUACAAAUCACCUGAUUCUAAACAAAAUCAAUGAGGCAUUUAUCGAAAUGUCGACCACUGAAGAUGCCCAGGCAGCAGUAGAAUACUAUUCGACAACUCCAGCGCUCGUAUUUGGUAAACCAGUCAGAGUCCACUUGUCACAGAAGUACAAAAGAAUAAAGAAACCCGAGGGCAAACCUGACCAAAAAACCGAGCCGCCAAAACCAGAACUUGGUCGUGUGAUUCACCUCAGCAAUUUACCUCAUUCGGGAUACUCUGAUAACGCAGUACUCAAACUGGCUGAACCAUAUGGAAAAAUUAAGAACUACAUACUCAUGAGAAUGAAGAGUCAGGCUUUCAUUGAGAUGGAGACCAGAGAAGAUGCUUUAGCUAUGGUUGAGCAUUGUGCCAACAAAGCGCUUUGGUUCCAAGGCAGGUGUGUGAAAGUGGAUUUAUCUGAAAAAUACAAGAAAUUGGUGUUAAGGAUUCCAAACAAAGGAGUUGAACUACUGAAAAAGGAUAAAACUAGAAAGAGAACAUACUCUCCAGACAGCAAAGACUCUCCAAGCGACAAGAAGUCUAAGACUGAUGCUGCUCAGAAACCUGAAAGUGGCAACGUGGAAGAUAAAACUAAAGAAGAGAAACAAGAUGAUGCUGCUGAGCCAUCAGGCGCUAAAAGCACUGAACAAACAGACCAAGAUGAGCCUAGUUUACUCCUUGAAUCUGAAGAUGAGCUGCUAGUGGAUGAAGAGGAAGCAGCAGCACUGUUGGAAAGUGGCAGCUCAGCAGGAGAUGAUGCAGAUGUUGCCAAUUUAACUGAUGUGACUACUGAAGUAAAAAAGGAGCCAGCUGAUGAUGUGACCGUAAAAACUGAGGGAAAUGUUGUGGCCAAUCCAGCAACAAAGAAAAAACUUAAAAAGCGAUACGUGGGUGGCUUUCCACGGAGCAUGGAAGGCUUUGUCACUCUAGAUGAAGUUGGUGAUGAAGAAGACUCAGAUCAUCAGAAACUUCGCAAGUCGGGUUUGGCAAUAAAAGUUGCUGGCAAAAAUGAUGAUAGUUUGGCAGAAAUCAAGGUAGACAAGAUUGAGGAGCCAGAGCAGGAAAAUGAAACACUAGAAAAUGGUACCAAGACUGAAGAAAAUCCGAAGGCUGAAGCUGCUGAAGCUUCUGAUACCACAACAGCACAAGAUACUGAGAAAAAUGCCCAUGAAAAUACAGACACCCAGGAUGAACAGGAAACAAAGAAUGUCCAAGAGAAAGCUGCUGUUCCAGAUGAAUUUAGGAUUGGGCCAUACCAGCCAAACAUUCCUGUUGGUGUGAAUUAUGUGGUACCCAAAACAGGGUUUUAUUGCAAAUUGUGUUCCCUGUUCUACACAAAUGAAGAUGUUGCAAAAAAGACCCAUUGCAGCAGCCUUCCUCAUUAUCAAAAGUUGAAGAAAAUUCUGGAUAAAAUGGCAGAAGACCACAGGCAAAAGAAAGAAGCAUAAAAGGAAGGACGGAUGUAAGGAACAGUGGCUUUGUUUUUAAUGUUAAUCUUUUUUAAAAGCAGUACAAGUAGUAGAUGGAAAUACUGUAUUCUUUUUUGUUUUAGUGAAAUACAGUAGGCAUUAUAGGUCUAUUCAUGUGUUAAAUGUUGUAGCAAAAAGCAUAAGCAGUUAAGUUAAUGACAAAAAUUUGUUCUUAAUGUGGGAAUGGCAACAAGUUUUCGUUUUGGCACUUUGAGCUAUUAAAGACAAAAUAUUGCAUCUUUGUGGAAAGCUCAUCUAUGGCGAGAAAAUUUCCUUUAAGUGAGAUUUACUACUUUCAAGCUUCAAAAAUUUGUCUUUCCAUUCUCAAUAAAAAAUAAAAAGUAACACUGUAUUUUUUUCAUCUAGAACAUUCCAUAUUUCAGUCUGAGCCUAGCAGAUACUUAAUUUGGAGUGUAAGGCUGUCAUUGCAUUUCACUUUUGAAAAGUCUUUAAAUGUAAGUUGCAUUUUUAAAUGUUGAAUUGCAGUUUCUUUUAAUGUCAUUGCUGUUAUAUAGCAAAUAGGAAAAGUAGUGAUUAGUCAGCUUUACAACUUUGUGAUUUUUUUUUUCUAAGCUCUUGAUAGACUUUCCUAUUUGGCUAUACCUUGUAUUUUUAGUGGAAAAGUAAAUGCCCAUUCUCCUCUGACCAGUAUUAUUUCCUUGAGCUCUUCCUGCUUUUACUUGAAUCUUGUAGCUGUCGUACACUUCUGGUAUAAUCAAAAGCAGCAUUUGAGUCCUGAAAUGUAAAAAGGUAUCUUUAUAUUCUUCACAUGUAAUUUUUUCAUACCUGCAUUUUAAAACUGUUUUUGUUAACCUGGUUUCGUCAAGGAUCUUUAGAACUGUGCUCUUAAUGUACCUGCACAUGUGAUAUGUGAACAGGAAUUUGCAUGUGUAACCUGUGUUUAUCUGUAGUUUUUGUUAUUUACUGCUUAUUUGUGAAUUCAGGUUACUAAAGUGAUUUACCAAUAAACAAAGCUAGGCAAUGGUAAUUUGUUAGAGAUGUUUGGCAUGUUAACCAGUGUUUACUGAGCUCUUGACUCCCGUGUUCAUGGUACCACACUGAAACUCUAGCUCUCUUGAAAUUUGCAUGUUUUAACACCUGUGAUUUUGCAGCUUACUACAUAACUUUCCUUUCUCUUUUCUAAAACCUCUUCCAUUUCCAAACAAAUUAAACUGACUUGUUAAAACACC